AUAAAAUACUUGUUUCAUACUCAUUGUUCUCUAAAAUAUCCACCAUGUUUUACUCUAAAAACAAAAACAUACUUCCAAUAAAGAAAGAGUUUAAUCUCAUGGAGAAUCACCAAAAGAAAAAAAGAGACAGCAAUAUGUGUCAUGGUUCAAAAUAAAUAAAUAAAAUCAGGUACAAAUGCAAACAAACCCAUCUAUAAUGAACUAGAAGAAGAAGAAGAAGAAGAAGAAGAAGAAGAAGAAGAAGAAGAAGAAGAAGAAGAAGUGAAUAACAUUUGGAUGGAGGAUUCCAACAGCGUUUUGUUGGAAGCUGAAUUAGCUCUUGUAGACGGCGCCGUUGACUACACAGGACAACCUGCCGUUAGAUCCAAAUCUGGUUAUUGGAGAUCCGCUUGGUUUAUCAUAGCUGUGGAAGUGGCAGAGAGGGUGUCACACUAUGGAAUUCAGGGGAACUUGAUAUCAUAUCUAACAGGACCACUCAAACAGAGCACUGCAACAUCUGCUGAAAAUGUGAAUAUUUGGGCUGGAACUGCUUCUCUUCUUCCUAUCUUAGGUGCUUUCAUUGCUGAUUCUUUUCUCGGACGCUACCGCACCAUCAUACUUGCUUCUCUCAUCUAUAUCUUGGGACUAAGCUUGUUAACAUUAUCAGCUAUGCUUCCUUCCCUCAUCAAAUCUAAAUGUCAAGUAGACAGUACAUUCAUAUUCUGCUCCCAACAUUCACAAGUAAUCUUAUUCUUCAUCUCACUCUAUCUAGUUGCCAUUGGACAAAGUGGACAUAAACCUUGUGUUCAAGCUUUCGGGGCAGAUCAAUUCGACGAUAAACAUCCUAAGGAGCUCAUAGCUAGAAGCUCAUUCUUUAAUUGGUGGUAUUUCACAAUGGUUGGAGUUUGCUCGGCAACAAUUUUAGUCUUGACCUAUAUACAAGAUAACUAUAGUUGGGUUAUUGGAUUCGGAAUCCCUUGUGUUGUAAUGAUCAUUGGUUUGAUUGUUUUCAUGCUUGGAACGAUGACCUAUAGGUUUAACAUUAAGGAUAAUGACAAGAGUCCCUUUCUUAGAAUUGGUCGAGUAUUUGUUUCGGCUGUAAGAAAUUGGCGAACUACCUUACCAAGCACAUCUAUUGAAGAAGAAAGUGGUGGAAUAGUUCUCUGUCAAGCUUCUACACAAUUCAACUUCCUCAACAAGGCAUUGCUAACACCAAAGGGAUCCAAAGAAGAUGAGACUUGUACCCUUAAUGAGGUGGAAGAAGCAAAGGCGGUACUAAGGUUAAUUCCAAUUUGGGCUACAACUUUGGUUUAUGGUAUUGUCUUUGCUCAAGUUUCUACAUUUUUCACCAAACAAGGAAAAUCUAUGGAGAGAACAAUAUUUCCUGGUUUUGACAUACCUCCAGCUUCUCUUCAAACGAUUACCGGUAUUGCCAUUGUUCUCAUCUGUCCUGUCUAUGACCGCAUAUUUGUGCCAGUAACAAGAUCUCUCACUGGGAUACCCUCAGGCAUCACAAUGCUUCAAAGAAUCGGCACUGGAAUUUUUCUAUCCAUUUUCACAGUAGUAGUAGCAGCCCUUGUUGAGAUUAAAAGAUUAAAAACAGCACAAGAGUAUGAACUUUUUGAUGAUCCUAAUGCAAUUGUUCCAAUGAGUAUAUGGUGGUUGGUUCCUCAAUACUUUUUGUUUGGAAUUUCUGAGGUUUUUACUUUGGUUGGUCUUCAAGAGUUUUUCUAUGAUCAGGUCCCAAAUGAACUAAGAAGCAUGGGACUUGCACUCUACUUGAGUAUUGUUGGUGUUGGAAGCUUUCUAAGUGGCUUUCUGAUUUCAAUGAUAGAAAAUAUUACUGGCAAAGAUGGACAUGAAAGUUGGUUUUAUGACAAUAUCAAUAAGGCUCAUCUUGAUUACUUUUAUUGGCUACUUACUGGAUUAAGUGUGGUGGGGUUUACUUUGUUCAUUUACUUUUCAAAAUCUUAUGUCUAUAAUCGCAAAGGUAUCAUCACAGAAGAAUAGUCAUUGAUUUGUUUUUCUAUUGUCAUAGUUUGACAAGCAUUAUAUGAUAAUAAAGUAAGGUAUAGUUGUGUAUAAUAUAUUUGAUAAAAUUGUAAUAAUAUCAUGUAUUUUUCUUAUGUUAUUUAUUUAAAUUAAUUAUAUUUUU